AUGGCGGCAGAUUCAGAAAAAGCGAAUCCGACACACGCUGAGUACGAAGGUGCUCCUACUGCGAAACCCGGGUUCAGACCCAAGUUCAAGAGACAUUGCGCACGAUUUUGGUGGAUAUACACUAUAGUAUUCAUCAUUGUUGUUUUGGUCGUUGUGUUGCCCGUGGUCUACGUUGCCUAUCCUCACGCUGCGCAAUCAGCAAUCGACAAAUCGGCUCUUGAAGUGACCUCAAUGUCCCUGUUGAAUCCUGCUCCAAACUCAUUGGACUUGGAACUUGACAGCCUCUUCUUGUCCAACUCCAGCUUACAGGCGAAGCUCGACGCCUUCGAAGCAGAUUUGUGUCUGGAGGAUUCCACCACUCCCUUCGUCCAGAUCUCAGUACCGGCAAUCAAAGCCGCCAACGGCUCUCAAAUUCACAUCAGCCAGGGAGUUCAAAUUGAGCAUAACAAUGAAUUCUUCAAAUACGCCGAGACAACUCUCCUCAGCGAAGAAUACAGUAUCUACCUGAAGGGCAAGGGAGGCCUGAAGUACGGAAAGCUGCCCAAGACCACGGUAGACUACAACAAGAAAAUCAUGAUGAAAGGAUUAAACGGGCUCAAAGGCUUCAAUGUGACUGAAUUUGCCCUCAUCACAACCGCUCAACCUGACGGCAGCAACGCCCACGGCACCGUUGUCAUCCCCAACCCCACCGUCACCACCUAUUCCCUGGGCAAUCUCACCAUGUCCAUGUUCGUUGGGGGGUUCUCCAUUGGGAACUCGACGCUCCAGGAUGUAGUCCUCCCACCAGGGAACAACACCGUUCCCCUCCGCGCCGUGACCAACCAAACCGCUGUCGUGGAGCUGCUCUUCACAGACUAUAAGUCUGGAAUAUUUCCAAUCGACGUCAUGGUGAAUCGCGUGGUUUUCCACGACAAAGAUCUUCCUUAUUAUGAGCACGCGCUGCAACUGCAUAAUAUGACUAUCCAGCUGGACGUUAUUCAGGUUUUGGAACAGGCAGGUCUGGCCGGGUAUCUGGGCAUAGGGAACUCAACGAACUCAACAAGUACAGGAAAGGCAUGA